UUCCAAGUGACGGAGCUUGCGAAAUCGGCUUGUGACUUGCUCAAUUAACCUAGGCCAUUUGAAAUUGAAGUAGUUCUGAGAAAAUGGUUCGACUGCACGUGAAGAAAGGCGAGGAGAGCCAGUUCCUAUACGACACACACGUCGAGGCACGAGUUGAAGACGUUGUAUAUGACAUUGCUAUUAUUUACAACGGUCGGCUGAAGAUAUCCAGAAUAUGUUAUGAAAUCGAGGAGCUGGCCAAGCAUGGCCCCAUGCUGCCCCACAACAUGAUGGGCCUCACCGACGAACAGAUAGAGGAGCUGAAGCUCAAGGACGAGUGGGGUGAGAAGUGCGUACCGAUGGAUGGAUGGACGUUUAACAAGGACGUUAUCGGCCGCAGGAACGGCAGACAGCCUAAUGCGAAGAUGCGGGAGGUCCUGGAGAGAACCAUCGGGGAGGCACGAGCUAUGGUUUCGAAGAAGUUGGUGCAACAGGAUAAACUGGUAACGCAGAAACUCGUGCAGGAGGCCUUGGACAACCUGAGGGGCGCUGUGACCAUCGUCUAUCCGAUGGGACUUCCUCCGCAUGAUGUGAUCCGUCAGGAAUUUGAGAAUACGGAGGACCUCAGUGGAACCCAAGCGUCUUUAGAGGUAAUCGAUUUGCAGUUAGCUCAACUUUGGUUCUCAGGGAAAGAGAUGUUACCGGGAAAGAAAUUGAAGGACUAUCUAGGAAGAAAUGAGAAAACGAAAAUCAUCGUCAAACUACAGAAACGAGGAGCUGGAAGACCAGCACGCGAGCCAGUAAUGUCGGAGGAACAACGUAAACAACUUAUGUUGCACGCUUACAAUCGACAGGAGCAGCUUAAGGUCCGCAUCACAUACAUAGUCCAGUUGAUGGAAAUGAUUUAUCUUGCAUGUAUGCGUACCAGUAUUUUCUCCAAUAUCGCGGAAGUGCUUUCAAUCGAUAACAGAUUUUUCAAGUGUAAACGAAUAUUGAUGGGAUUGCAUGAAUUGUACUCGUGA